AUGCUCUCCCUCGAGGCAGACAACUCUUCGUGCCUCUCGCAUCCGUAUCCAUACCUCUUUGGCCCGCCGUCGCCCCAGCUGAACUCGUUCCCCGAGCAUGGCUAUGUGCGCUCGUUGAUACUCCGCGCCGAAGAGCAUCUCGUCAAGCAUCCGCGGAUCCACGACCUCUCCGCGUCAAAUCCGAUUCCGUUGUGCCCGCUGAAGCUGCAGAGGACGCUCCCGCGCGCUCUAAUGGCCACCAUGGUCUUCUCCCGCGAGGCUGCUAUGGCCGUCGAGCCAGCCCCUGGGUCGCCGCCCGACCUCACGAACAGCAAAUCCUCAAAAUCCUCCUCUUUCCACUCGUCCUGCCUCAGUGACUUCGCCGGGCCCCACGAUAUCUCACACUUCGAGGACAUCAACCUGGAGGACCUGCAGGCUGGCCUCCCAGCGGACCCCUACCACCACUAUGCCCCCCACGCGGCCUUCGAGCACACGCGGCCUCCAGCGCGCUCGUCAGUGUCAGUUCCAGGGAACAGGAGUGGUGCACAUGCGGUGAACACGUUCAGGGACCUUACAAGCGGGGGAAAGCCGAGAUAUCCAAGCCUGAAGGCCCAGACGAGCAGUGUGGUGAGAGGGCAGCCGAAUCUGAAUGUGUCGCGACCCCUUCAGCAACGCCGCGGGUUUACUUCGCCCUCGGCCCCCUCUCUCACCAACACUGGCUUUACACCUUCAACACAUCGAACUACAUCGAGAUCUCCUUCCCCUUCGCACUCGCAAGUCUAUUCUACUGCCUCACCUCGCUCCCUCUCGCGGCGGAGCUCAAGAACGAAUUUGGACGUCUCGCCCAACACAGCAGCCCACAACACCCGGCGACAGUCGUGGCAGCAGAGCACCCGCAAGACUGUCAAAGAGCGCGAAGCCGAGUGUGAUCAGGAGGACGACGAGGAGCUUCCUGAAGAUGCUAUCAUCCUCGGAGUUCCUAUUAGCCCUCGGCCGCCCAGUGAGCGGCGCUUCACGCUCUCCGCGAAUUCCUCUCCUCCUACGCAAGACCCCUCAGAGCGAGACCCGCAUUCAGCAUCCCGAACUCCAGAGGACUCUCGCAAUCCUUCGCGAGACCCUUCUCCAGCAUCGGCUGCGUCCUUCGAUCCCUCUCUAGCUUUGUCGCGCGCCCCGACAGAAACAAGUCCCCCGGUCGGUGGGCAACCACCAUUGCGGGCGAGGACGCAGUCUUGGCAGGCUACUUACUCAGGCCUGGACCCAGACGCGAAAUUACUUACGGAAGCAUUGGAGCAGUACCAAGAAGACGCAGAUCAGAGAUACGAAGAGAAGAUUCAGAACGGUGGCUCGCCUCGCUCGUCAGAAGAGAAAAGCAAGAGCAAGACUUCUGUGGUCGAGCUCCCACCUCUUAGGACAGGAGACCCACUGGUAGAUCCAUUUGGCAUAUCGAAAGAGAAGGAGAAGUACUUGUCUCGCACCCGUCCUUCGUGGUUGCCACCGAAAGAUCCGAAGGAGGAGAAGAAGCAUCUGAGGGAGUACAAGAAGAUGCAGCAGCGAGCACAGGAAGCGAAACAAAAAGAAGCAGAAAAAGCACAAAAGAUAGCACAACUAAAACAAGAGCUCGAAAUGGCUCGUGGAAAACACUGGGAAGAGGUAAUCCUACCCACAUUGGGCAAUCCAGCCGUCCAGUUCGACUACAGCGGCAACCGCAAGCAAUGGUGGGCCGGAAUCCCCGAAAAAACGCGCGGAAGAGCCUGGGAAAGAGCCGUAGGCAACGAGCUCGAACUCUCCGCUGGAUCCUUCGCCGCAGCGUUGAACAAAGCAAAUCUCCGUCAAGAAGAGCUCGAACUUACCAAAGGUAUCAACUCCCCUGAGUACACCAUCUACACCCUCAUCCACUCCUCCUUCACGAAGGACGUGUACCCCGAACUCGGUCUAUUCCAGGACGAUCAACCCUUACAUCAAGAACUCGUCGACCUCUGCCUGGCCUACACAUCCUACCGCCCGGACACGCUCCGCUUCGCCUCGCACGUCCCCGCCAUCGCCGCCGUGCUCAUGCUGCACAUGCCGCAGCCGCAGGCCUUUAUUUGCAUGGCGAAUCUCCUCAACCGGCCCGUGCCCAUGUCCUUCCACACCGCGGACGCCUCGGGCAAGCACCAGACGUACCAGCUGACCUUCGACACCAUCGCGAAGAAGCUGCCCGCACUGUACGCGCACUUCAUGGCCGUCGACGUGCCGCCCGAGGUGUUCGACGCGUUCUUUUUAAGUGUGUUUACGCGGGCGCUCCCUGUGGACUCGGCGUGCCGGCUGAUGGACGUGUAUGUAUUUGAGAAUGAUAAGACGCUUAUUCGGGGGGUGUUGGCCGUGCUCACGCUGCUGGAGCACGAGUUGUACGGGUCCAGGAAGGAGAUUAUUGACGUUUUGGGGGGUCCUUUGACCGGAUUGGCGAAAGAUGAGGCGCAUUUUGUGGACGUCUUUAUGCAGGCGGGGAAGUCGAAUUAA